CUCUCUCCCCUGUCUCUGUCUCUGUCUCUGUCUCUCUGCCUCUCUAAUUCUGAGCAAUUCUCGUUGCUCUGCUCUGAACUCUGUCUCUUGCUACCGAUCACUGCUCGUUCCUCGGCUGUUAACUCUGUCUCUUGCUACUGAUCACUGCUCUCUUUGGGGCUCUGAGCAAUCCUUGUUGCCCUCAAUGCAAUUCUCUCUCUUGAUUCGGAGGGUUUCUCUGUCUCCCUCUCCGGGCAAUCCUCUGAAUCUGAGCAAUUCUCGCUGCUCUGCUCUGAACUCUGUCUCUUGCUGAUAUCACUGCUGCGGCUCUGAGCAAUCCUUGUUGCUCUCGAUUCAAUUAUCUCUCUUGAUUUAGAGGAUUUCUCUGUUUCCCUCUCUGGGUAAUCCUCCCGUUGUCCGACCACGAAUCCGACAACGAUCGUGAUGCCUGUCCACGGCAUUCCAGUUGCCAAGCGUCUCUACAAGAAAGAACUUGAACUGAAGCAGAUUGGCAAUUUUCUGGGCCCUAGAUCGCGCAUCAAGUUAGGGCACUUCAGAUAUUACCGACACCAACCGCUGGAUGCCAAGAUUUAUCCGAAUAAAUUUCUCCAAAGCCACGUAGAAGAGAAAAAUCCAGCCAAUGUAAGUAUAUUUCCAACAAGACCCAUCUCGUGUUGUUCUGAUGACGCUAAUUUACGUGCAGAUGUUGCUGUGGAAGCCUAUGAGUACGUUGAUGAUAUAUGCGCCUUCUACAAAUCGGAAGAGGAAGAGAAAUCUAUGUGCAUAAAACCCAAUGUCAUUGCUAGACUGAAGCACGGCAUCGACAAGAAGUUGAGAGCAUGUAUUGUCGAGUGGUUGAUUGAGGCACACAAGCUGUUCAAGUUCCCAACCGAGGCUCUAUUUCUUGCCAUCAAUCUUUUCGACCGAUUUGUGGCCAUUUGUCCGGUGGAAAAGAAGAAAGUGAGUUUGGUCAGAAUAACCGCCCUGCAGUUGGCUGCUAAGUAUGCUGGAAUAAGAGAAUCGAUCCCUUGUGUCUACUUGUUUUCCCACCUGGCGCUUACUUCGUGCCCUGUGAAGAAGAUUUCGUGCUCUGCAGAGCAGAUUGUAGAAAUGGAGUAUUUGAUCUUGAACACUAUAGAGUAUGAAUUGUCAAUCCCUACCCCGUCUACAUUUAUGUGGAAGUUUCGUAAGGAAACUCAAUCGUACUUGGUUUCUGUUAAUGUUAUUUGAUGUUGUUAUGAAUCGAUCUUAUGACAAUAGUAUAGAAAAUGAUUUGGGUUUCUGUUUGUACCUCCAACCAGAUCAAACACUUGUCCUUCUUCUUCAUCGAUCUCUGCCUAGUUCAGUGUGGAACGCUCCCAUUUCGACCUUCUGUAUUGGCUGCCGCUGCAAUUUACACCGCCCAUGCCACUGUUGAAGGGUGUAAGCCAUGCAGCAAAAUCUAUGAGCAGUUGACCGGUUGUAGUGCCCAAACAAUCUUGAAAUGCUCGAGACUGAUGGUGACUUCCCAUCAAAAAGCGAGGAGUGUCAGGAGGGUGUAUAAGAAGUACAACACGAGGGAAUACGAGUGGCUAGCUAGAGCUGAACCGGCUCGAUUUCUCUUGACCGAAUUUAGCAGGGCCAGGGUCUUCAUCUUUAAGCUUAUUUUGUUUCUCCUUAGAGACCGGUAACAACAUUUGGUUUUAGAGUCUUUGUACUCAUUGAUGAUUCGAGUGUAUCGUUCAAAGCUCUUGAAUGGAAAGUUGCUUAUUCUCGGCUGUGAAAA